CCUCGAGUCUCGCCUGGGAACCAGCAGCAGCAGCAGGAGAAAGACACUUUCUCAUUGACAGUCGGUUGUAAUGUGAAUACAAGUCACAGAUCUGGAUGUGAUCGGCCUCAGACUCGCUGAUUUGAGUGUGUGAUCGGCCGAUGCUCGGCUGCUGGAUCCUCCCCAGCUCAUCCUCGCUGCCGUCUCUUCCCUGAGCAGCUCAACCUCCAUGACAACACGAUGAGACGAAUAACGGGAAAGACGGAGGAGGAAACUUUGAUCGAGCUGCAGAGCGCCUCAGACUCACAGAUGGGAGAUGAAAGCAGUGGAAAUGGUGUUGGUUCAAUGUCUGCUGACAGAUCUUCGCUGCCUGGACACACAGAAACAGACAAGCUCCAACCAAACAGAGACACCGUGUUCUUCAGGGACGGACUGCGCAGGAUAGACUUUGUAUUGUCUUACGUAGAUGAUAAUAAAGAUGAAAGGAAACAAGAAAGGAGGAGGGAGUUCGAGGCCAACCUUCAGAAAGCUGGUCUGGAGCUGGAGACUGAGGACAAAUCAGACUCCAAAGAUCAGAAGACAUAUUUCUUGAAGAUCCACGCUCCGUGGGAUGUCCUGGCCACUUACGCUGAUGUCUUGAAGAUUAAAGUUCCCUUCAAGGAGAGCGACAUUCCUCAUGGCCAGGAAGUCCCGCUGGAGUGGCUCUCACACCCGUUUCGCCUGCCGGAGCACAUCAUGCAUCCACAACCUGAUUACUUCACCUACCACUUCGACAAGUCCAAGACAGACUUUUUCCUCAUCAAUGAUAAAGAUACAUUCUUCCCACCAUCCACGAGAAACAGAAUCGUGUUUUAUAUCCUUGCUCGCUGUCCGUAUUACAACGAAGGGCGGAAAGAACGAGAGAAGACGGGAAUAAAGCGGUUACUCAGCAACGGGACCUACACAGCGGCCUUCCCACUUCAUGAUUGUCGAUACUGGAAAAGGGCGAGAAAUGCCGAGUGUGAAAGCGAGCGCUACAACCUGUACAAGCACUGGGCCAGGUUCCUCUGCUUUUACAAAGAGCAGCCUCUGAACCUCAUCAGGAAGUAUUAUGGGGAAAAGAUCGGGAUCUACUUCGCCUGGCUGGGCUUUUACACAGAGAUGCUGUUCUUUGCGGCUGUCAUGGGUCUUAUAUGUUUCAUCUACGGGGUUCUCAGUUACGACGACAACAUAUCAAGCAAAGAAAUAUGCGAUGCUGAGAUUGGGGGCAGUAUUGUCAUGUGUCCUCUGUGCGAUAAAAAGUGCCUUUUCUGGAAGCUCAACUCCACUUGCCUCUCUUCCUGGCAAUCCCAUCUGUUUGACAAUGAGGGGACCGUAUUCUUCGCCAUAUUUAUGGGGAUUUGGGUAACUCUGUUCCUGGAGUUCUGGAAGCGGCGCCAGGCCCGGCUGGAGUACGAGUGGGACCUGGUGGACUUCGAAGAGGAGCAGCAGCAGCUUCAAAUCCGCCCGGAGUUUGAGAUCAGAUGCACCAACAGGAGACUCAACAAGAUUACACAGGAAAUGGAGCCAUAUCUUCCCCUCACCAGCAAGUGUGCUCGCUUCUCCCUCUCCGUAGCCACUGUUCUCUUUUGGAUUUCCCUGAUCCUGGCCUGUAUUACCGGGGUCAUAGUGUACAGGCUGGCCGUGUAUGCAGCCUUUGCUAGUAUCAUUAAAGACCCGUUGAGGAAGAUCCAGCUAGUGGGCAGAUUCAUCACCCCGCAGCUCGCAACUUCAGUCACUGCUUCCUGCAUCAACUUUGUCAUCAUCAUGAUCCUAAACUUUUUUUAUGAGAGGGUGGCCGUCUGGAUCACUGAUAUGGAGAUCCCCAAAACCCACCUGGAGUAUGAGAACAGGCUGACCAUGAAGAUGUUUCUGUUCCAGUUCGUCAACUACUACUCCUCCUGCUUCUAUGUGGCCUUCUUCAAAGGGAAGUUUGUGGGUUAUCCUGGUGAAUAUAAAUACAUGUUUGGCAAAUGGAGCAAACUGAGGAAUGAGGAGUGUGAUCCUGGAGGAUGUCUGAUAGAGCUGACCACACAGCUGGUGAUCGUCAUGGCUGGGAAGCAGUUGUGGGGGAACAUUCAGGAGGCUCUGCUGCCGUUAAUGCGUAACUGGUGGAGUAGCAGAAAAGGACGGCACAAUCCUGAGAACCAUUACAGCCGCUGGGAGCAGGAUUGCGUUUUGCUGAACUUCAGCCAGCUGGGCUUGUUCUACGAGUACCUGGAGAUGGUGAUCCAGUUCGGUUUCAUCACUCUGUUUGUGGCCUCCUUCCCUUUGGCCCCACUCCUCGCUCUGUUCAACAACAUUGUUGAAAUCAGGGUGGACGCUUGGAAGAUGACCACCCAGUUCAGGCGGCCGGUGGCAUCCAAGGCCCGAAAUAUCGGCGCUUGGCAGGAGAUCCUCAACGGAGUGGCUAUUUUAUCCGUUGUCACCAAUGCUUUCAUCAUGGCGUUCACCUCAGACAUGAUCCCCCGCAUGGUGUACCUGUACGCCUACGGUAAAGACGCCAGCAUGACCGGCUACGUCAACAACAGCCUGUCAGUAUACAACAUUUCACAAAUACAUCAGGACAACAUGCCGGAAGACAGCUGGUAUUACAACACCACGGAAACCUGCAGAUACCGGGACUAUCGUUACCCUCCCGGUCACCAGAGGGAGUACACUCACACCAUGCAGUUCUGGCACAUCCUAGCAGCCAAAAUGGCCUUCAUUAUCAUCAUGGAACAUGUGGUCUUUGUGGUGAAGUUCUUUGUGGCGUGGAUGAUCCCAGAUGUCCCAUCGGAAGUCCACGCCCGGAUUAAACGGGAGCGUUAUCUGAUUCAAGAGUACCUGCAUAACUACGAGGUGGACAGACUUAAACUCCAGCUGAGCAACAGUUUAAUCACAGAGCCAGUGUCAGAAAUGUCUCUGACAUUAGACAAGCAUGAAGUUCUGUCUGAGUGCCUGUAGACACGCCGCCCACACCUCUAACUAACCAAACCAAGAGAAGACAAAUCUGGGCGUUUUCAUGCACUUUUCAUCCGUGAGAUAAAAAGAAAGACAUUCCUUUAAUUUUGAACAGAUGUUGACACUUGCCAAGAGUGCUCCUACUUUAGGAUCUAUAUAGAUGCAUCAGAACAAAAUGAAAUCGUUCUGCUCAAAAUCAACAUUUUGCUAAAGUGAUGUUUUUCUGCGCCAUGAAUAUGCUGGAAGAUGUGAUGGAAAGCCAAAAUGAAGUGCAGCUGUCGUUUCCACUCUUACAUCAUAUAUACAUUCAAAUUCUUUCAAAAUGAAAGAAUAACCUCUGUAUGCUGAUGGAGCUGAAGUAUGUGAUGCUGAACACUGUGAAUUGUGGGGUGUAUAGAGUCCAUUGUGAUGUCUUGUAAUUAAUUUGAUUAGAAAUAAGGUAACGUGGUAUAUAGAAGGUACAUGUCAGCGAUAAAGUUGAAAUGCUCAGACAAAUGUUUAAAUGAGAGUCAAAACUUAUAGUAACAGGUGAUCCUCAUUCUUUGGACAGCUUAGCAAUGUUUCCAUUGAAAAUGGUAGCUACACAAUGUCCACAAAAACACAAUGUGUUAUUUUUUUUACAGUAUUAUGUUUAGGGAAAAGCCCUCUGUAAAAUAAAUAAAGUACCCCCUCUGCACUGCAGUGAAAAUGUAACAAUCAAAUGUAUGGACUUUUUCAUUCAUUCCACCUUAUGUUCAUCAUUUGCACGUGUGUCUCCAACAUGUCACCAACUCGCUGCAUGAACAAUUUUGUAAUUCUCACAAAAAGACAAGAAUACGUCCGAAAAAUAUUGGCGGAUCACGACAGAGCUAGUAUUGAUCAUGGUGAGCUUUACUCCUCUGAGUAUCCAAUAGUUGGUAGUCAGAUUAUUCAUGUCUGUGUAUCCUUCGUCAUUUCAGAGGUAAAAAGAAAGGAGUACUCCUUGUAGCUCAGAGUACGUGCUACAAGCAAUACUCAGAAAUAAAGAAAGAUUUUGUAAUUCAUCAUGCUGGUUUCAAAGCGUUGUAGAUAUAAAGUUCAUUUUAUUUAUGUGUUGUUGUGCCAUUAAUUUAUUGAUCUGCUUAAGUUUUAUAACCUGAAGAGUUUAGUAGCUCCAUUACUCUCAUUUUAUCAUCUUAUUUGUCUUUCUGAUUUCUUAAGUCGUUCUUCUGUAAAUGGUCAUCAAGUAGAUAUAAUUCAACAGUGCUUCAAAUAGUUUUAAUUAAAACUAUUUGUAUUAACAAGGGACCAAAAAAGUUUUUUUUUUAAAUGCUAAAGAUCUUAUCGUAGCAGGAAAAUGAGUAGUUGUUUUUCUUUGCUUUAUAUGGAUAAUUGAUCAAGAUAAAGUGCAAUUAAUUCUCUUUUUUCUUAAUAUUUCGAGUCAUGCUAUAUUCAAAUCACUGUUUAAUUUACUAUGUAUAUGGUCAUUAGUCUGUUUAUUAACAGGAUACUUUGACAGUCAAAAUCCAAAUUAGACUUCUAAUCUCAGGAUGAAACAUCUUCUGUUUUUUGAGCAUCAAAUGUUUCUUGUACAUGUAAAACCAGUUCAAACGAGAUCCCAAAAGGUGCAUGAUGACUUCCACAAACCAAUGCCUUAAACGUCAGUGUUUACUUGUUUUUCUAUUCUUUUGUAAUAACAAAUUUCCUAUCUGAAAUCCAAGCCUGUUUCAUAUCAUAUGCUGCUGCUGGUUGUCAUUUGCAAUGUUUUGUUUGUUUGUGCAUGAAUGUAGGUAUUUUGUUGCAUUGUGAGUUGACAGCAUCUUAUUGAACAGUAAACAAAAACUUUAAAA